CAACGCCCUCUGUACCUCUUCGACCUACCAGAAGAGCUGCUCUACACGCUCCAACUCAAACUCCAGCCAACCGCAGCACCUGCACCCGACUCUUCUGCCCCAUCCACCCCUUCACAGUCGCCGUCACCAUCCCAAGAUGCCACCACAGUCUCCGCCACCUCCUGCUCCCUCUGCAGCCUCUCCUUCGCCACUCUUCAAGACCAGCGCAACCAUGUGCGCUCCGAUCUGCAUGGCUACAAUCUCAAGCAAAAGAUGCGCGCACGCAAGCCAGUCACUGAGCAAGAGUUUGAACGAUUGGUUGGCGAGCUCGAUGAGAGCAUCUCGGGUUCGGACACCACCGAGUCGGAUGAGUCGGACACGAACGAUGCGAAUGGCACCAAAGACACCACCCUCAGCGCAUUGCUCAAACGCCAGGCAAAGUUGGCAGAUGGAGACGCCGAGGAUGCCCCGGCAAGUAAGAGGAAGAAGGGCAGUGGCGUCCCCCCGUUGAUCUGGUUCACGUCCUCCACACUACCUCCAAACACCUCUCUCGGCGUCUACCGAGCCAUCUUCUCGACAAAAGAACAAGCCCAGCCAGAAACACUCCCGGAAACGAUCAAGCAGAAACAGCUCUCGCCAAAACCACCCCCAAAGCAGCGAAAAGCACCCGCGGACGACGAUGAAGGUGGCGUAGCUCUCCCACCAAGCAUGCUUCAACAAGGCACCAGUGCCUCCGGACCACACUACUUCCUCUGCAUGAUCGGUGGCGGUCAUUUUGCCGCCAUGCUCGUCUCCCUCACUCCGAAAUUGACAAAGAAGAAUGGUGUGGAGGAUCGCUCGGCGACGGUCAUCGCGCACAAGACCUUCCAUCGAUACACCACUCGACGAAAGCAGGGCGGCUCACAAUCCGCCAACGACAAUUCGAAGGGAAACGCACAUUCCGCCGGCUCCAGCAUCCGCCGACACAACGAAGUCGCGCUGACGCUGGAAGUUCGAGAGCUGCUGGCACAAUGGAAGCAACUCAUCGACUCGGCGGAUCUGCUCUUCAUCCGAGCGAGCGGCACCACCAAUCGUCGCACUCUGUUUGGGCCAUACGAAGCCCAGGUCUUGUCCUCCAGAGACGACCGCAUCCGCGGCUUCCCCUUCAACACCCGCAGAGCAACCCAAGCCGAGCUCAUGCGCGCCUUUGUCGAACUCACCCGAGUAAAACAAGCGGAAGAAGAAGCCGCCGCGGCAGCAGCAGCAGCCUACAAACCACCAUCAACCCCACCACCCUCCAAAGCCACCCAACCCAAGCCCAGCAAAGCAGAAGAAGAAGCCACACACCACACAACUCAACUUCAAGCCCUAAUCCGCCGCUCCAAAGCCCCCGCCCUCCUCACCUACCUCCAAACAAACACCCUCUCCCCCAACUUCCCCUUCCACCCCCAAGAAGCGCACCACCAUGCCCCCACACCCCUGCACCUCGCCUCCUCCCUCAACUCCCCACCCUGCAUCACCGCCCUCCUCCUAAAAGCAAACGCAGACCCCACAAUCCGCAACCAGGAAGAGAAAUCCCCCUUCGACAUCGCAGGCGACAGACCCUCCCGCGACGCUUUCCGCCUCGCGCGCCACCAGCUAGGCGAAGAAAAGUGGCCCUGGGAUGCAGCCGGUGUUGCGCCCGCACUAUCGCCAUCGGACGUCGAGGCGCGCUCCGCCCGCGAAGCGCAGGAUAAAGCGGCUGAAGACGCGGCGGAGAAGGCGCGGCGCGAGGCGGAGGUGCGGCGGCUAAGGGAAGCGGACGCGGAGAAGAAAGAUGCGCGGUUUGGGAGGGGGAAUGUGCUUGAGAAUGGAGGGAAGGCGAGGGUGCUUGCCAUGACUGCCGAAGAAAGACGGAGGGAGGAGGCGAAGGGCAUGAGCGAGGAGAUGAGGGUGAAGUUGGAGAGGGAGAAGAGGGCGCGGGCGGCGGAGGAGCGGAUGAGGCGCUUCGCU